AUGAAAUAUAAGAAAGAGCUGUUGAAGCCAGGAUGUCCCACAUCAGGAGGACGUUGUCUCUCUGCAGAAGCUGCUCAGUUGUCCUCCAGCCGGCUCGGACAAGCUCCGCCUCCAUCGGCGGAGGGGGGGGGGCUGGUCCUGCAGUCCCGGUCCACCGACGUGUUCCAGAACCUGGCUCUGGAGGACUGGAUCGACGCCAACGUGGACCUGGAGCGUCGCGGCGUCCUGCUGCUGUGGAGGAACCGGCCGUCCGUGGUCAUCGGGCGCCACCAAAACCCGUGGACCGAGUGCAACCUGCCGGCCAUGAGGAGCGCCGGCGUCCCUCUGGCUCGCCGGCGGAGUGGCGGGGGAACCGUGUUCCACGACCUCGGGAACCUCAACCUGACGUUCUUCUCCUCCAAGAAGGGUUACGACCGUCAGAGGAACCUGAGGAUCAUCACGGAGGCCUUGACGAGGAUCCGUCCGGAGCUGGACGUCCGGGCCACCGAGCGCUUCGACAUUCUGCUCAACGGACACUUCAAGAUCUCUGGAAGUGCGUCCCGACUGAGCAGGAAGUCGUCGUACCACCACUGCACCCUGCUGCACUCCGCCGACCGCUCCACCCUCGCCGCCUUGCUCCGCCCCUCUUGUCCCGGUAUCCAUAGCAACGCCACACCCAGCGUGCCGUCGCCCAUCGCCAACCUGCUAGACCACGCCCCCACGCUGCUGUGGGAGGAGCUACUGGAGGCACUGGUGCACCAGUACAAAGCAGUGUUCGGUUUAGGCUCCGCCUCCACGCCCGUCGACCCAACCGAUGAGUCAGCGUUCCCCGGCAUCACCGCGGCCGCGGCGGAGCUGCGCGGCUGGGACUGGACGUUCAGCCGGACGCCCAAAUUCAGCGUCCGAACCCUCCUGGAGCUCGUGGACAAGCGGUCGGCGGCCCGCGGCUCCGCCCGGCUGCAGGUGGAGGUGAAAGGGGGCGUGGUCCAGAGCUGCGAGCUGGACGUCCCCCCCCACUGGCUGCCCCGCCGGCUGAGCGGCGAGCUGAGCGGCGUGCUGGUCGGCGGGCGGUUCUGUCCUCAUCGAGCCGCCGCCGUGUUUUCUGAGGUGACGAGAUCGGAGAGCGGCGAGCUGAGGGGACGAUUACGCAACCUCUGUGACGCCGUGGUGUCUGUGAUGGGCUGAAAUACACACGAU